CGAGAUCAUCAACAGAAACAAAGGCUACAAAAUACAGAAGAAAAAAAUGAAACCCCCUAUCGAAAUCUCCCUCCCUUUUUCUCUCCUUUCUUCUUUUUUCUUUUGUUUGUCCUCUUUUUUUUUUCUACGGCUUACUCAAAUGCCACCCUGUCUAUUGGGCUCCCAAGUCAAAACCCAAUGUUCAAAAACCCAGACCCUCAACCCUGCCGACUGCUAAGGCUUUCAUCGGUCACAAUAACAAGCGAGCUUAUCAUCUUCAUUCGCUGAUAUACUAUCGACCAUGGAGGUUAUCCAAAAUCUCCGAAAUUUCCAUGUCCUAAGAUCAGGCUAUCGACCAGUGCCCUUCCUUUUUAUUUCCAGAAACCCCUUCUCAAUCAGGUCCUCGCGGGGGCUAAAGACCCCAUUUGUCUCUCUUCAAAGUGAGCCCCUUCCCAAUGUAAUCGUCUCCACAACUUCAACGAACCAAGCUUCCUUCACAAUCGACUAUCUUGUACACUCAUGUGGCUUGUCCCCAGAAGCUGCAAUCUCUGUCUCCCAGAAGUUACAUUUACAAUCUCCGGAGAAACCGGAUUCGGUUCUAGCCCUUUUGCGAAACCACGAAUUCUCGAAAACCCAGAUCUCAAACCUCGUCAAGAAACGCCCUUUUCUCCUUUUAGCCCAUCCUGAGAAUACCCUUCUUCCCAAACUUGACUUCUUUUAUUCUAUAGGGGUUUCAAGAUCUGACCUUGCGAGAACACUCUCUUCAGACCCUACUCUUUUGACUAGAAGCUUGGAGAACCAAAUUAUACCCUCUUAUAACUUCCUCAAAAGCAUUUUGUUGUCCAAUGAAAGGAUCGUUUCUGCUUUGAAGCGCACUACUUGGAUAUUUCUAGAGGAUCAUUCGAAAAAUCUUCUACCAAAUAUUGAGCUUCUAAGAGGACUCUGCGUGCCACAUUCUUGUAUCUCGUUGUUGCUAACACAUUUCCCUGAAGCUGUAAUGCAGAGGCACGAGGAGUUUGGUAAAAUUGUGAAGGAAGUUAAGGAAAUGGGUUUUGAUCCAAAUAAAUCAACAUUUGUGUUGGCUGUACAUGCCAUGUCCGGGAAGGGAAACAAGUCAAUAUGGAAACGUUGUUUUGAGGUUUACAAGAGAUGGGGAUGGUCUAAAGAUGAUAUUCUUGCAGCAUUUAGGAAGCACCCGCAUUGUAUGAUGCUAUCAGAGAAGAAAAUUAUGAAGGGAAUGGAUUUUUUCGUCAACAACAUGGGUUGGCCCUCAAAGGUCAUUGCUCAGUUACCAGUGGUAUUGUUUUUCAGUUUGGAGAAGAGAAUUAUCCCUAGGUGUAGGGUUAUUCGAGUUUUGAUGUCCAAGAGAUUGAUAAAGGAUGAUUUGAGCCUAGCUAGUGUGCUGCUUCCAGUAGAGAAGUGCUUUCUAGAGAGAUUUGUGACCAAAUUUGAGGAAGAAGUACCUGAAUUGCUGAGUAUUUAUGAAGGGAAAGUGAAUCCGGAGGAAGCAUAUUCUUAAUACAGAGAAAUUGAUGAGAUCAAACAAUUCUUGGCCUGUUGUUGCUGCCAACCACAGUUCAUUUUUAUCACUGCAAAUGCCAGUGUUUGUAAGGGCACCAAUUGUUCAGUAUAGUUCUGUACUUGUGCAUUACUGGCUUUUAAUUCUGUAAUGCUUCAUUUGUAUCCGUGGUUACUUCCUUUAUAAAGUUAAAGAUUGCAAUUGAA